AAGCCUAGUACACUAGCGGGCCGCGGCCUUCGGGAGCACUCUGAUCUGGUCUUCAGCCCCAAGAUCUCGUCUGCACGAAAAAGCGAAAAUGCCAAAGCAAAUCCACGAGAUCAAGGAUUUCCUUGUUACUGCAAGAAGAAAGGAUGCACGCUCUGUCAAAAUCAAGAGGAGCAAGGAUGUGGUGAAGUUUAAAGUUCGCUGCUCCAAGUACCUUUACACUCUCUGUGUCUUUGACAAUGAGAAGGCUGACAAGUUGAAGCAAUCCCUUCCUCCAGGUUUGAGUGUGCAAGACCUGUGAAGCAAAUGAGUUGCUAUCAAAGAUUUUUACUAGUGCCUUGAGAAGUUUUUUGAUAAGUACUAGUGCCUUGAGAAGUUGAUAUAUAUUUUUGUUUACCCCUUAAAUUUGGUGACUGCGUUGAUAGGUGGUGGUGAUGGUGAGAACCUUGCAAUUUCUUUGGGCAUGAAUUUGUAGACUGAACCUGAUGGUGUGUUUAGUAUUUUAAUUUAAUGAAUGACUUCUCAAUUA